AUGGGCGCCUAUCUCUAUGGGCGCCUAUCUCUAUGGGCGCCUAUCUCUACGGGCGCCUAUCUCUAUGGGCGCCUAUCUCUAGGGGCACCUAUCUCUAGUGGCGCCUAUCUCUAUGGGCGCCUAUCUCUAGGGGCGCCUAUCUCUAUGGGCGCCUAUCUCUAUGGGCGCCUAUCUCUAUGGGCGCCUAUCUCUAUGGCUGCCUAUCUCUUUGGGCGCCUAUCUCUAUGGGCGCCUAUCUCUAGGGGGGCGCCUAUCUCUAGUGGCGCCUAUCUCUAUGGGCGCCUAUCUCUAGGGGCGCCUAUCUCUAUGUGCGCCUAUCUCUAUGGGCGCCUAUCUCUAUGGGCGCCUAUCCCUAUGGGUGCCUAUCUCUUUGGGCGCCUAUCUCUAUGGGCGCCUAUCUCUAUGGGCGCCUAUCCCUAUGGCGGCGCCUAUCUCUAUAGGCGCCUAUCUCUAGGGGCGCUUAUCUCUAUGUGCGCCUGUCUCUAUGGGCGCCUAUCUCUAUUGGCGCCUAUCUAUAUGGGCGCCUAUCUCUAUGGGCGCCUAUCUCUAUGGGUGCCUAUCUCUUUGGGCGCCUAUCUCUAUGGGCGCCUAUCUCUAGGGGUGCCUAUCUCUAGGGGCGCCUAUCUCUAUGGGCGCCUAUCUCUAUGGGCGCCUAUCUCUACGGGCGCCUAUCUCUAUUGGCGCCUAUCUCUAGGGGCACCUAUCUCUAGUGGCGCCUAUCUCUAUGGGCGCCUAUCUCUAGGGGCGCCUAUCUCUAUGGGCGCCUAUCUCUAUGGGCGCCUAUCUCUAUGGGUGCCUAUCUCUUUGGGCGCCUAUCUCUAUGGGCGCCUAUCUCUAGGGGGGCGCCUAUCUCUAUGGGCGCCUAUCUUUAGCGGCGCCUAUCUCUUUAGGCGCCUAUCUCUAGGGGCGCCUAUCUCUAGUGGCGCCUAUCUCUAUGGGCGCCUAUGUCUAGGGGCGCCUAUCUCUAUGUGCGCCUAUCUCUAUGGGCGCCUAUCUCUAUGGGCGCCUAUCCCUAUGGGUGCCUAUCUCUUUGGGCGCCUAUCUCUAUGGGCGCCUAUCUCUAUGGGCGCCUAUCGCUAUGGGUGCCUAUCUCUUUGGGCGCCUAUCUCUAUGGGCGCCUAUCUCUAG